CCCGGAGCGUAACACGUGAUACGUAUUUGCGCGCCCGGGCGCGCACCUAUUGGCGUCCGCCGCCGAUGCAGUUGGGUCUUUCUGCUGGAUGAUCAACAGCGACACCGCCUCCUAGGCCUCAAGGGAGAAAGAAGGCCUGCAACCUUGAUUGUCGCAAGCCACACAAGGGAUACUUUCCAACCCGAAAUCGUGAGCCUCCAGCACGGGAGCAAGCCCUCGCUGCCUGUUCGGCUUGACCGUCAUGGCACAGUCUGGCCCCAUGGAUCUGGAUAAGCCAGAGGACGUCUUCCUCAACGACAACUCCGGCGCUACGAUUGCCGAACAUGCGCUGAAAUGCACCGAGCUCUUCCAGAAGCAUAUGGCUACGCCCGACAUUGUCCCUGAUCCAACAAUAAUGGAUGACCAGCUAGCGAGAUUUACGUUAUGGGCUUCCAACAUGGACGUCUUUGGGCCGCCGAACAUCUCUCUGGAUUUCAGGCUCAGGUACAGUCCAAACAUUGUCGAUAUUCUUCACCAGCUUCUAGACGUGAUCUACAGCUCUCUCAUGGAGUUGAAACCGAUCGUCGAGUCACGACCGACUCCGAGCAGGAAGAAACGGCGCCUAUCCAUUUCAGACCAAGUACGCGUGGUCGAGAGUGACGAUAACGCCAGCGACAUAGACAGUGACGAAGACCAAGCCGACAAGAACACUUCCCUCCUUACGUACACCAUCGGUGGCACCGUGACGCGACUCUUUCGAUUGUCCAAUGCGAUUCGAAAGUCCGCAAAGGCCUCGAGAGCACAAAAGCUAAAAGCCUAUCAGGUGGAUGAUGACACACAACGUGCUAUUGAUGAGCUGCGCUUGUACACCGACUGCUACAUUCGCUUCCGGUUCCCCGAGGCCCCGGAGUCGCUUCGCUGCGCCCUGAUUGAAGCAAAUGCGCUGCGGCUUCGGCGGUUGUCUUAUCAGAGGCUGCAUCGGAGACAUGUCGCAUUGAGCAUUGAAAACCUACAGGCAGGUCAAAUGAAAAUGCCGCUGCCCAGGAUUCCGGAGAAGCCAAGAUCCGUGCGGUUCGCUCCAGAGGCAACCCCAAAAAUCAAAGUCAGCAACGCGGAACCUAGUCGGCAGGACUACCCACCCGCUCCGUUGACUUAUGCUACCACCGCUCGGCAGACUGAGAUUGGGGCGCUGUAUGCAAAGUCCACAACGGAGGUUCCCCGAGCAAAGUCCGUGUUAGUGAACAACGAGCUGUCUUUCCCACCCAUGCCGCAACAGAAUGAAUGUCCUUACUGCGGCGUGGUCAUCGAGUAUAAGGGUUCUAACAAAUACAACGUCUGGAGAACACAUGUCAUUAGGGAUCUAGAGCCAUUCAUUUGUCUCUCCACUGCAUGUACGGAUUCAUGUCGACAGGGUCACGAUCCAAUGACUUUCGAAACAUCCAAAGCGUGGAUGAGCCAUAUGCAGAACUCGCACGGACUUGCGUGGGAAUGCAGAGCUCCUUCUCACACACCUAUGAUCUUCAGAGACGAGAUCCAAUUCCAGAAGCACUCUUGCGAUGAACACGGUGUUCCCGAGGCUCACGUCCGGACAUUGAGUGAAGCAGCGCGGAGGCCAUUCCAGGACAUGAUAAACGAGUGUCCUUUUGGUGACGACUUUGUCCCAUCAAAAGAGGCUGACCGUUAUGGAAUUUUCUCCUCUGACGAUCUGCAUUCUCACGUUGCCGCACACAUGAAGGAGCUUGCUCUACUUGCGCUGCAGAAGCUCCCCACUGACAGCGAGACAGAGGCCAGCGACUUAGCCAGUGACAUAUUAAUUGGAGAUGAUGGCGGUGCGAGGUUUCGUGGGUCUAUGUGCAGCAUCAUGGUCGGUGAUGAAUUGAAUUUCUCAGAUACUGCCGGAGACGACCAGGCCGGCGAUCUCAAGGGAAGCAUUACUUCGUCGAUUGAACAACUCGAUCUUGACGACAUCCGUCAGCCACUAGAACUCGAUACACUAUACCUUGCGAUUCAAUGCGACGACGUGGAACGAGUUCGGGCUUUAAUGCACCUAGUCACUGGAAGCGGCAGGUCUCGUGGCAAGAAACCUCUUCAUUACGCUGCUCUUUACCACAAGGAGGAUAUAAUGAGGCUUUUGUUAGAGUCUUCUGAUCACGAGGCGAUUUGUGCCAGAGACGAAAACGGCCUGACACCACUGCACUACGCGGCAAGAGGAGGUUUUGUGGAAGGCAUUGGCUUGUUGGUUAAGGCUGGGGCCUCGAUCGAUAUUCCCGACGAUUAUGAAUUCACGCCACUACUAUGGGCUGCUGUCAGCGGACGCUUGGACGCAAUCUACAAGCUGGAAUCACUUGGGGUUGACCCAGUGGACAAGUACGACAAUUCACGGGGUACGUCUGCUGCGGGAUGGGCAAUCAGUCUUGGCCAGCACUACCUGUCUAUGCAUUUCGUCAGCUCAAAGCCAUCACUACCAAGUGUCUCCGAGGCAUCCCUGAUGAACCAAGCGGCUGCUCAGGGCAUGGAGGAUGUAGUCAGCUUCCUCCUUUCAGGGGGUGCUUCUCCAAACGAGCGCGACCACGACGGGUGGUCCGCCAUACACUGGGCCGUUGAGGGACCAGCAUCACAUACCGAGGGCCGAGAUACCGAGCCCGCAGGUGACACAACAGAGCGUCUCAUAGAGUUGAUCAUGCAGUAUAGGGGCGAUGUGAAUGCGGUGAGCUUGUAUGGAACUUCACCAUUGCACUGUGCUGCAGGCAUCGGUGUGCGUCGAAUCCGCCAGCUUCUCAGGUACGGGGCAGAUCUGACUAGCGCAACAUGUCAUGGCUGGACAACGAUGCAUCACGUUGCCUAUCUAGGGAACCAUGCUAUCAUAUCACAGAUCGACACCCACCACAGUCCAAGCGAAGGGAGAGAACGACCCAGUCUUUCACAGGACAAUCACGGCUGGUCUGCACUGCAUCUUGCCGUUCUUGGGAGGCAUCUGGAGACGGUCAGAGAACUCCUCCGCCUGCCUCUUGGGGACCGGCUCCUCGUCGAGCGAGACGACACCGGCCGCACAGCAGAAGACUGGCUCGACAUUGAGCUCGGGAGUCAUACCUAUGCGAAACUCAGCAAUUUGGCAUACAGCAAGUCUCGCUGUUGCAGGCCAGUCACCGGACUGCGAAAAGCGGCACGGGAGAAUAAUAUAGACCUGGCCGAACUCCUUUUGGACCAGGGUCAUCAUAUCGAUGGCACCGACCCUGGACGGAGAACUGCACUGUAUUAUGCUGCGAGUAAAGGCCACUUGCGGAUCGUAGAAUUGCUGUUAAGCAAGGGUGCGGAUCCGAACAUCCUGCCAGCGGGGCGGCAGAUGUGGGAACUAUUUGUCUCCGACUCUGAAAUGCUGCAACAACUUCGGCGGUACGGGUACAGCAAGCCAGUUCCUGACGCUGAGAAAGACGACCAGAUCAGAUUGAUGUUGCACAAUGUCGCUUCUAUGAAGUCGCUUUCGCUGCUUGACGAUUCGCCGCGGCCGAUAAGGCCUAGUCCACAGGCCCAGAACACGUCUGCUCCGUCUGACACUCACAGCCAAGCCAAGGCAGGGUCAAGAAGCGAGCAACCUCGAUCUCGGGUUUCAAGCUUCUGGAAGCGACUCCGAGGCCAAGACAUGUCUUGAAAGCACAUGGGUCGACCCAGUGAGUGUUAGUUUAGCCGCUGCGACGCCAUGCAAUAACGAUUAGAUCAGACAAUGCGAUUGCAAUUUGGAGCCCUGACAGACAAGGGGGGCCUACCUUAGUUUCAACAGGAAGCGGUGCAGCUCUAACAUCGACCACGGCUAGAUUGAGACAUAAAUCAAAUAAAAAACGAAAUUAAAGUCCGAUGGUACAAGCGUC